ACGCAGUGUCGAUCUAGAAGUGAGCGGAGGAGGACGUGCGUCGCUCCCUUCCUGACUCUCCUGGACACCUGUUACUUGUAGUUUAAUUUGCUCCGUGGUGGGGGGCGCCAGUCUCUCCGAGGGGCGAAGCACAGGCUGCCAGAUGAAGUGGGCGGCGGUGGUGGUGGUGGUGGUGGCCGUGGGCGUGAUGGUGGGCGCCGCUGAGGCCAAAGGGACCUACAGCGUGGUGGCCCCCAGAGUGCUGCGGCCCAACCAAGUUUUUCACGUGGCGGUGUCCAGCCACGGCACAGAGGGGGAGGUGCAGGUGAGCGCGGAGGUCGGAGGGAAGCAGGAUUCAGGCAACAUCAUCCUCCUUAGACAGAUUGCGGACCUGCAGCCUGACUCCACCCAAGUUCUGAAGUUCGAGAUAGGAGAUAUUGGGCCGGGCCAGUACAACCUCUCCGUGUCUGGCUUCGGGGCCCUCACCUUCAGGAACACCACGGAGCUUGAUUACGUUCACAAGUCCUACUCGGUCUUCAUCCAAACGGACAAAACGAUAUACAAACCCGGGGACCUGAUGCGGUUUCGUGUAGUAGUGGUGAACCCGUUGCUGAGGCCUUUCGUUACCGGUUCCGUUGAUAUCUACGUGAAGGACGGCGCAGGGAACAGGGUAAGGCAGUGGAAACGAGUCUUCACAAACAGGGGAGUGUGGUCUGGGGAGCUGCAGCUAGCGGAGGAGCCUGUGCUGGGGGACUGGAACAUCACGGUGGAGGUGCUGGGCCAGAAAACCUCAAGAGCCGUACAGGUGGCAUACUACGUGCUGCCUAAGUUCGAGGUGAUAGUGACGCUGCCUGAGUAUGUAACGUUUGACCAAGGCGAGAUGGUGGCGACUGUGGAGGCCAAGUACACGUACGGGAAGGCAGUGAAGGGCGAGGUGACACUGCAGGUGACCCCCACUUACAAGUACGGCUACCUGCAGGCGCCCUACGAUGACCCUAUCCGCGUGGUCAAGGCCAUCAAGGGGAAGACUGACGUUACCAUAGAUUUACUGAGUGAUGCGAGACUCAAAGGAGACUACGCCAGGGAACUUGAGGUAACAGCGUACGUGAAGGAGGAGCUGACGGAGAGGGUUCAGAACGCCACCUCCCACGUGACUGUCUACCGCUACCCGUACCGGCUCUCUCUCAUCCGGACCUCCGACUCCUUCAAGCCAGGGCUCACUUACACCGCCUUCCUCAAAGUCUCGUACCAAGACGACACCCCAAUCACGUCAGGGGAGGUCACCGUCAGACACUCCUUCACACGAGACCCCAGCGGCUUCACGGAAGAGGUUCACGCCAUCGAACCUUCAGGAAUCGUGACUCUGGAGUUUACACCGCCCCUGGACGACAGCGUGGUGAGCCUGGCGCUGGAGGCUCGGUACAAGGACCUGACGCAGUGGUUAGGAGACAUCGUGAGGGCGCAGAGUCCCAGUAAUUCCUUCCUGCAGGCUACGCUACUGACCGAGAAUCCAAGGGUGGGGCAGGAUGUGGAGCUCUCGCUGGUCACCACUCUGCCGGUGGGUGGUGAGGUACUGAUCGGCCUGAAUGCAACCCAGCCGCUGGUGUACUUUGUCUAUCAAGUGCUGGGGCGAGGCGAUGUGGUGUUCAGCAAUACCCUGCAGGCUCACAAGGGCACUACUCACACCUUCAGGUUCCUGGCCACUCGAGACAUGGCCCCACGUGCCCGCCUCCUGAUGUACUAUGUGAGGGAGGAUGGGGAGGUGGUGGCCGACUCCCUCCACUUCAGUGUGUCUGGGGCUAUUCAGAAUGAGGUGACAGUUAAUCUUAAUCCAAAUGUGGUGGAUGCAGCAGGAGAGGUGGACAUUACCAUCACCACCAAGCCCAACGCCUUCGUGGGGGUGUUGGCAGUGGACCAGCGCGCCCUCAUGCUGGGUACUCACAACCACUUCUCCCAGGAUGAGGUGAUCGAGGAGCUCGAGACCUACGACCCUGGCAGAAAAACCCUGGAGGCGCCCUGGCACGCCCUCAGCCGGAAGAAGCGAGCUCUCUUCAACUGGAUGGGCACCACAACCACCAGUGAUGUUUUCAAGAAUGCUGGCAUUGUGGUGUUGACGAAUGGUUACGUGCACGACUUUAAUCCAUUCUCCACAGCCAACCCACCUCCCAGCGACAACACAGCCGGGGAUCCCUUCUACCGUCAAACUGCCAUCAACGGAUCCUUUGGCCGCGAGUUUGCCCCCAUCGAUGCCUCCACUCUGCGGCCUGACCUCGGUCCUGGCCUGGCCUACAACGCCCCCACCCGCCCCCCCCUGGCUGGCCCCUACGCCUUCUCUUACCUGCCCCCCCCACCUGACUCCCGGCCGCGUCUCUACCUCAACCAGCACGUUCCGCCCACCUGGCUCUUCCGUGACGCUGAGACAAAGUUCAAUGGUGUGGUGAGGCUGCGGGAGAAGGCACCAGACGCCAUCACUUCCUACAUGAUCUCGGCCUUUGCCAUCGACGACUUGUACGGCCUUGGAGUGACAGAGCGCCCAACCAAGCUGCGAGUGUUCCGGCCGUUCUUCGUGUCGAUGAACCUCCCUGCGGCAGGUGUGGUGCGCGGGGAGGCUGUGGCAGUGGAGAUGGUUAUCUUCAACUAUGGUGACCAGCAGGUCACCGCGCAGGUCACUCUGGAGAACCCCAAUGAGGACUUCCUGUUUGCCGACUUUGCCAAUGAGAUUGACCAAGGCUCCCCAGCAGCAAUGAAGAGCAGAGAGGUCGUGGUGGCGUCAGGUUCCGGCAUGAGUGUCAGCUUCAUGGUGGUGCCACAGACCAUUGGCAACGUCCCCAUCACCGUCAGGGCCACCACCACCUCAGCUGCCGAUGUGGUCACCAAGCAGCUCCUUGUCAAGCCUGAGGGAACCAGACAGACAGUGAACAGAGCCAUGCUGAUCGACCUCCGAUCAGAGACUUCCUUCUCCACUUCUGUCAACAUCACCACACCACCCAACAUUGUCAAUGGAUCGAAAGCAAUCUCUGUCACUCUCGUUGGUGAUGUGCUUGGUCCUGCUGUGAGUGACCUGCAUAGUUUGGUGGAGCUGCCAACUGGGUGUGGGGAGCAGAACAUGGCCAAGCUGGUGCCCAACAUUGUGGUGAUGGAGUACCUUAAGAGCAAGAACCAGCUGGAUGAGGCUCUGCUGGGACGUGCCAAGAGGCACCUGGAGACAGGCUACCAACAGCAGCUCAACUACUGCCACCCUGAUGGCUCCUUCAGUGCCUUUGGGAGUCGGGACAAGUCAGGCAGCACGUGGCUGACAGCAUUCGUAGCUAAGUCCCUGGCAGAAGCUGGGCGGCACAUCGAGGUGGAGCCUGAGGUAGUGGCAGAGGCAGUGGAGUGGUUGAGGAACCAGCAAGCAGUAGAUGGCAGCUUCCCAGAGGUGGGGACGGUGAAUAACAAGGCCAUGCAGGGCGGAGCAGCCUUCGGGGCAGCACUCACGGCCUAUGUGACCAUGGCACUGCUCACCACUCAGAACCCGCCCAAAGCAACCAUCAGGAACAGCAUCAACAGGGGCCUGGACUUCCUGGCUGAGAGACUGGAUGACAUAGAGGACCUGUACAGCCUUGCCCUCACCACCUACACACUCCACCUUGCCAACCACCCACAUAAGGAUGCUGCCUUCUUCAAGCUGGAGAGCAAAGUGAAAGUGCAAGAGAAUGAGAAGUGGUGGGAGUCUGAGCCGCUGAACAGGACGGUGGAGACGAUGGUAGACACGCGGUCUGUGGACGUGGAGAUGACAGGUUACGGCUUAAUGACAUAUGUCCACCGUGGCCUGGUGCAGGACGCCCUCCCCAUCAUGCGCUGGCUGGUGCAGCACCGCAACUCACAUGGCGGCUUCAUGAGCACACAGGACACAGUGGUGGCGCUGGCAGGCCUGGCAAAGCUGGCUGAGCAACUUGUUGCAGCUGACCCUCGAGUCAACCUAAGACUGAUUUAUGGUGCGCGGGGCAAGAACCUGCAGGUGACCAGCGGCAACACAAUGCUGCUGCAGCGUGUAGAGCUACCCAGCGACACAGAGCAGGUGAAGCUGAGUGCGAGUGGGUCUGGUGUGGCGGUGGUGCAGGUCACAUACCACUACAACCUCAAGGUGACAGGACCCAAGCCGGCCUUCUCCCUUGACCCUCAGCUGGACUUCUCUAUGUCUGAUACCAAUCGCCUGAGACUCACUUCAUGCAUAGGGUACACUUCUGGCAACAGCAGCAACAUGGCAGUGAUGGACGUGUCCCUGCCCUCAGGUUACAUUGUGGACAAUGACCUUAUCCCAGGACUGUACGACUACGAGGGCGUCAAGCUGGUGGAGAAGAAGCCUGACAGCUCCGGCGUGCUGGUGUACUUUGACAACCUGACACCUGUUGAGGUGUGUCCCACCGUGGCUGCCUACCGGGUCAACAAGGUCGCCUUCCAGAAACCCUCUGCCGUCAAGGUCUAUGACUACUACGACACCUCUCGACAGGCACGCCAGUUCUACCGCCCACUGCCGGCCAAGCUGUGUGACAUCUGUGAUCUGGAUGAGUGUGACCCCCGCCAGUGCGAGCAGCAGAUCAUCGAGCUCAACCGACAGCUUCAGGAUCCAGAGGAUGUAGAGAGGCCAGCCUCAGUGACGGAGAUCGCAGGCUCAGCAGCUCUUGUCCCCACCCUGACCAUCACCUGCUUGGCUCUCCUUGCUGCUCUCCUUCAGCACUAGUUGUCUCACCUCUCAUCAUGCCCCAGCCUGGUCUCUCCUGCUCUCCUCUUUGCCUCACCCUGCUGAAGUCUGGUGUAGGUUAUGAGGUGUUUCUGAGGGGUUUAUGAGGUGGUUAAGUGGUGGCCAAGUCCCUGAGGAAAAGGUGUUAAAGCUGCAAGGAAAUCAAAACCUGAGACCUUGUGUGUGUGUGUGUGUGUGUGUGUGUGUGGAAUGAUGUAUUUUGUUCAUUGGCUGUGUUUUUAGCAAAUUUUUAUACUGAUUUUAUACUAUAUUUUUGUAUGCCGACUGAUUUUUAUACACAAAUGUUUUUAGAUGGCAAAUAUUUAAGUGUUUAUAGCAAUUAAACUGAAUGAUAAAAUGCAAUACUCCAAUACCAGAUUUCCACAACCGUGAGUAAAAAAAAAUGUAAAUAUGAGAGGGAAGGGAAGAACUGAAAUGAAUAGGAAGAAUGGAGAAUGAAACUUGCUGUACAUAGUCUGACUUGUAAAUACAACGCAUGUCCUUCCUUCAGUGGGAGAGAGAAGCUUGGUGGGGAUAGCAGGGGUGGGAUGUGUGGGUGUGUACGUGUGUGUGUGUCUACAUACCCAAGCCACACACACACCACACACCCCUCUUGCUGGGAUGCUGAGGUUCAAAAUGCUGCUACACACACUCACUCAAUCUGGAAGAAGUGUUGAGUGAAGUGAAGUCUGAGUCAUGGUAGUCUCUACCAGUUUACAGGCCAACAUUCUGAAUUUCUGACUGUAAAGUGUUGGUAGAAGUAGGAAGGUUAAUCUGGAGAGUACAGUACUGUUUAGUGUAGCAAAGUUUGAGUUGACAGUCGGUACCAUUUAACAGAUUAGCAUUUUAAAUCACUUGGCUUGUACUGAUGUAAAGAGUUGAGAAAAAUAUCAAAGUUGAGCUGGAAAGAAGUGUUUAGUGUAGCUAAGAGUCAUGACAUUCACUACCAAUUUACAGACGAGCAUUUUGAAUUUCACCUUCGUACUGAUGUAAAGAGUCAAGGGAAGCCAAGGUGCUGGGAGCCACUGAGGUGGCCAGUGGUCCUCACACUGUACACUACCACCACCACUAAAUGGGUGUGUGCUGGGUACUGUGAGGCCUCUGCUCGGGGAAGCUUUUACUCACUUGUACUCACUUACUCACAACACUUAUGACUCUUUACAAAUGCUAUUGGUCAGUCUGGUCUGCUAUUUACUCAUUGGCUUGGACACUUCUCUAAUUCAGUCAUCUACUUAGAGUGUCCAGGUUGAUGCACCAGAUACCAACCAGACUUGAAGGUUAUUAAACAGUAACUAAUUAUUAAUACCUGUACCGAGCUUUAAUAUUCCAGGAUGCAAUGCAUUCUGUGUACUUGACGUGUGUGUUUGUGUGCGUGUGUGUGUUCUGCAAGAUGAGCUUGUGAUGCACUCGCUUCCUAACACCUUAACAAGCAGCCUACAUGGGAAGACUUGGGUGUGAUGCAAACCUAACAUUCCACUAUAGUCAUUGCAAGAACAUGUAUUAUAAGUUGUGAUAUGAGUGGCAUGAGAAGAAAGCAUUGAAGAUUUAGCCUCUAGAAUGUUGGCAUCUGUAAGUACUAUGAUAAAGCUAAAAGUUGACACAGAAGUUGUCAGGAUACAUUAUAAGAAGUGUGAUGCAUGUGGUGUAAGAAGAAAGUUACUUAACUCCACCCCCCCCAUUGGUAAUCUUUGAUAUAGUGACCCAGGAUCUGACAGAGCUAGUUGUUGUUGUCAAGAUAAUGAGUUGUGAUAUGUGUAGCAUGAGAAGAAAACAAAAUUUAACCCAUAUUUGUAUCUGACUUAAGAAAUUACAUUGUUAUCAUGGAGUUGUUAGUAAUGAACCCUUGUUAAAAGUAGUCAAUGGAAUAGCAUAUUAAUGGUUAAAAUACCAACAACCUCAUUACAUCAAACAACAAGUAGAGAGAACGCUUGCAACCUUUGUCACUCCAUUGUCAUUUAGUUCUGUUUGGGGUCCAACUUGUGCAUCAUUAGCAGCAAAAGAGUUGUUAAUUACCUACCCAAGGUCACUGCACCAGCAAUUAAGAGGGGCAGCACUUCCAAGCCCUCCGUCAGUCCGUCCGCUGUGCGUCGCGUGGUGUGCUCAGAUUUCACUCAUCCGUCCAAUUGUGCUGGUUACUAAUGUAUGAAGCAUCGUUCUAUUGGUAUAUUUACCCUGGUUAAUUUAUAAUAAACUAUACAAGUGUU